CGGGACCGAGCCCCUCCGACGCCCAGCAUGGACCUGGAAACCAAAAUGAAGAAGAUGGGCUUAGGUCAUGAACAAGGAUUUGGAGCCCCCUGUCUAAAAUGCAAAGAGAACUGUGAAGGGUUCGAACUACACUUCUGGAGAAAAAUAUGCCGUAACUGUAAAUGUGGGCAAGAAGAACAUGAUGUCCUCUUGAGUACUGAGGAGGAUCGUAAAGUGGGGAGACUCUUUGAAGACACCAAGUACACCACCCUGAUUGCCAAGCUGAAGUCAGAUGGGAUUCCCAUGUAUAAACGCAAUGUCAUGAUACUGACCAAUCCAGUUGCGGCCAAGAAGAAUGUCUCCAUCAACACUGUUACCUAUGAGUGGGCUCCCCCGGUCCAGAACCAGGCAUUGGCCCGGCAGUACAUGCAAAUGCUGCCUAAGGAGAAGCAGCCAGUGGCCGGCUCGGAGGGGGCACAGUACCGGAAGAAGCAGCUGGCCAAGCAGCUGCCUGCACAUGACCAGGACCCUUCUAAGUGCCAUGAGUUGUCACCCAAAGAGGUGAAGGAGAUGGAGCAGUUUGUGAAGAAGUACAAGAGUGAGGCUCUGGGAGUGGGUGACGUGAAGCUUCCCUUGGAGAUGAAUGCUCAGGGUGACAAGGUGUACAGCCCUGCUGGGGAUAGAAAUACCUCGACAGCUGUGGCUGACCAGCCCAAGAAGACCCAUUAUUCCUGUUACUGCUGCAGAGACAUCAUGAAGGAAGGAGACCCAGCUGUCUAUGCUGAAAGGGCUGGCUACGACAAACUCUGGCACCCAGCCUGUUUCAUCUGCAGCACCUGUGGUGAACUCCUGGUCGACAUGAUUUACUUCUGGAAGAAUGGGAAGCUGUACUGUGGCAGACAUUACUGUGACAGCGAGAAGCCCCGCUGUGCUGGGUGUGAUGAGCUGAUAUUCAGCAAUGAGUAUACCCAAGCCGAAAACCAGAACUGGCACCUGAAACACUUCUGCUGCUUUGACUGUGACAACAUCUUGGCAGGAGAAAUAUACGUGAUGGUCAAUGACAAGCCUGUGUGCAAGCCCUGCUAUGUGAAGAACCAUGCUGUGGUGUGUCAAGGAUGCCACAAUGCCAUCGACCCGGAAGUGCAGAGAGUGACCUACAACAACUUCAGCUGGCAUGCAUCCACAGAGUGCUUCCUGUGCUCCUGCUGUAGCAAGUGUCUUAUCGGGCAGAGGUUCAUGCCUGUAGAAGGGAUGGUCUUUUGUUCCGUGGAAUGCAAGAAGAUGAUGUCUUAGGAGGGAAGCACUGAGCAGGAUUGAGCCAUAGCUAUCCAUAGUGGCCUGCAUUUCAUGAGAGAAUGCAAUUUGAAAAAAUAAUAAAAGGAAAAAAAAACUAUGUAGCAAACCAGAAGAUUUUGUCCAAGAUUUUUCUUUGUUUUAACCUUAUGGAUUUUUGUCCACUGUAAUUUUAAAUUACUGCUUUAAGCCUAUGAUUUAAAAAAAAAAAGUAAAGAAUUGUAGUUUUCCUUUCCACACAUGAAAUCUUUGAGUCCGGAAGCUUGAAUUUAAUCGAUCUUUAUAAUGGAAGACCCCCUAGUGCCAAAUAAUAUGUAUCACUUAAAAGUUAGUGUCCUGGGAAAGAUGAACAUGUUGGCUCCUGUGCUUUGAUUCAUAUGGAAAAUGGAAAAGACAUUAGAUGAUGGUUCCUGGUGUGACACUCUGCACUUAGCCUGUCUCGUGAACCGUGACCAGGCUCAGUGAGUUCCUUGUGGCAGAUGCCCGUGGUGGUGCAUGGUGGGUGUUCCAGUGCCUAAGCCUUUGCAACUCCUUCUUGAGGCAAAGGAGACUUCUUCUUAUUGCAUUUCUUUGUAUUUACUUGACCUCUCAGUGUUCUCUUUUUUCCUCUAGUAACCUCCAUUUAAGGCCUUGAAUGUUUUAUAUGUAUGUGGCAGAACAAUAUGCAAACUUUGCUCUUAGAGAUUUUUGUUUUUUGUCUAGAACAUAAAACCAGACUAUUCAUUUAGUUCUCUUUGAAAUCCAAAGAAUAUGCAUAGAUUUUAUACCCAGGGAAUUAUAGCUUGUGCUGACGUCACUUGCCUGCCGUGCCGUACUUGUUUGCAUGAUUUUUACUCUUAUCUGAUGGAAACUCUCUCUCGCUACCUCUGAGCUUGCUGUAGACACGGACUGUCUUCUUGCCUGUACACUCCCAUCAUGGGGUAUUUUUUAAUGUUUUCCCCUUGUAUGCUUUUAUACAUAACUAUGCACUAUAAAUAUUAAAUGGAAUGUCUAUUAUAUAUGUUAUCCAAAAUAAAGUCUCUUUCAUUUUAA